AUGGGUGUUAAGGGACUUAAUGCGCUUAUAAAAGAUCAUUCCCCUGGAGCCAUUAAAGAGUUCCAAUUGAAAAAUUUAUUUGGCCGGAAAAUUGCAAUCGAUGCCUCAAUGUGCUUGUAUCAGUAUUUAAUUGCAGUUAGACAAGGAGACGGACAGAACUUAACUAAUGAUAAGGGAGAGAUCACGUCACACUUACUGGGCAUGUUUUAUCGUACCCUUCGAAUGGUUGAAAAUGGGAUUAAACCCGUGUACGUGUUUGAUGGUAAACCCCCAGUCUUGAAAGGUGGAGAGUUGGAAAAAAGAUAUUUAAGAAAAGAAGAGGCCAUCAAGAAGAUGGAGGAUGCCAAAGAAGAAGGCUCUGCCGAAGACAUAUUGAAGUUUGAGAAAAGAAUGGUUCGGGUAUCUCGUGAACAUAACGAUGAAGCUAAAAAGUUGUUGGAGCUUAUGGGGAUUCCCUAUAUAAAUGCCCCAUGUGAAGCCGAAGCUCAAUGCGCCGAGUUGGCCAGAGGUGGAAAAGUCUUUGCCGCUGCUUCUGAAGAUAUGGAUACCAUUUGUUACAGUCCCCCAUACCUAUUGAGACAUUUGACAUUUUCUGAGGCUAGAAAGAUUCCAAUUGAUCAGAUCGAUUGUAAGACUGCUAUUGAAGGAUUUGAAAUGGAUAAAAAGACGUUUAUUGACCUUUGUAUUUUGUUGGGAUGCGACUACUGUGAGACCAUUAAGGGGGUUGGUCCUGUGACUGCCUUUAAAUUAAUCAAGGAACAUGGAUCUAUCGACAAUAUUGUCAAGUUCAUAAACGACAACCCCGACAAAACGAAGUAUAAGUUGCCCGAAAAUUGGCCGUACGAAGAAGCCAGGGAAUUGUUCUUGAAUCCCGACAUUACCCCAUGCUCCGAAUUGAGUUUCAAAUGGAAAGAGCCUGAUUUGGAAGGAAUGAUUGAGUUCAUGGUGAAUGACAAAGGCUUCAGUGAGGACCGUGUCAAAAGUGGUUACGAAAAGUUGAAAAAGGGCUUGAAAACUGGAGUUCAAGGAAGACUUGAUGGUUUCUUUAAAGUAGUGCCCAAGAAAGAAGAUGAUAAAAAGAGGAAAGCUAAAGAUACCAAAACGAAUGGUAAGAAGAAAGCUAGAAAGUGA